GCCUUCCUGCCCGGCUCGCGGCGCUCGUCCCCGGCCCGGCCCGGCAGCCCGCCGUGGCGCUCAGCCCCCUGCAGCGGCCCGGGACCGAUGCUAGCGGAGCGAGGCGAGCCGGGCGCGCAGACCUGCGGGAGGCGUCGAUGCGCGGCCGCUCCGAGGACCCUGCUCUCCGCGGCUCGCCCUGCCCGCCGGUGAUUCCCGGGCUCCGCGCGCAGCCCUGCCGAGCUCCGGAGGAGACGGCCCAUCCGCGAAGAGCCGGCGUGUCGCGCGCGCGUGGAUUAUCUGCGGACAUGACUGCGCGGGGGAGACCCAAGCCGCCGCUCCCGCUCCCGGCGCUGCUGCUGCUGCUGCUGCUGGACGCGGGGCUCCGCGCUGCAGCCACGGGCCAGACCUGCGGGGGCUUGGUGCAGGGUCCCAAUGGCACCAUCGAGAGCCCGGGCUUUCCGCAUGGCUACCCCAACUACGCCAACUGCACCUGGAUCGUCAUCACGGGAGAGCGCAACCGGAUACAGCUGUCCUUCCACACCUUUGCUCUGGAAGAGGAUUUUGAUAUUUUGUCGGUCUACGAUGGACAGCUCCAGCAAGGGAACCUGAAAGUGAGGUUAUCAGGAUUCCAGCUGCCCUCCCCGAUCGUCAGCACCGGAUCCAUCCUGACUCUGUGGUUCACAACUGACUUCGCCGUGAGUGCCCAAGGCUUUAAAGCCCUGUAUGAAGUUUUACCCAGUCACACAUGUGGAAAUCCUGGGGAAAUAUUGAAGGGAGUUCUCCAUGGAACAAGAUUCAAUAUAGGAGACAAAAUCCGGUAUAGCUGUCUCUCCGGCUACAUCUUGGAGGGGCAUGCGGUUCUGACCUGCAUCGUGAGUCCCGAGAAUGGUGCGACGUGGGACUUCCCAGCUCCGUUUUGCAGAGCUGAGGGCGCCUGCGGGGGGACCCUGCGGGGGACGAGCAGCACCAUCUCCAGCCCGCGCUUCCCCUCAGAGUACGAGAACCACGCCGACUGCACCUGGACCGUCAUCGCCGAGCCCGGGGACACCAUCGCGCUCGUCUUCACGGACUUCCAGCUGGAGGAAGGGUACGACUUCUUAGAGAUCAGCGGCACAGAGGCGCCGUCCAUAUGGCUGACUGGCAUGAACCUGCCUUCUCCCGUCAUCAGUAGCAAGAACUGGUUACGACUCCAUUUCACAUCUGACAGUAACCAUCGGCGCAAAGGAUUCAAUGCUCAGUUUCAAGUGAAAAAGGCAAUUGAAUUGAAGUCACGAGGAGUCAAGAUGCUGCCCAGCAAGGACAGUAGCCACAAGAACUCCGUCUUGAGUCAGGGAGGCGUGGCUUUGGUCUCUGACAUGUGUCCAGAUCCCGGGAUUCCAGAAAAUGGUAGAAGAGCAGGUUCUGACUUCAGGGUUGGUGCCAGUGUACAGUUCUCCUGUGAGGACAAUUACGUGCUCCAGGGAUCCAAGAGCAUAACCUGUCAGAGAGUCACAGACACCCUGGCUGCAUGGAGUGACCAUCGACCCGUUUGCCGAGCUCGAACAUGCGGAUCAAAUCUGCGUGGACCCAGUGGCGUCAUCACUUCCCCUAAUUACCCAGUUCAGUAUGAAGACAACGCGCACUGUGUGUGGGUCAUCACCACCAUGGACCCAGACAAGGUCAUCAAACUAGCCUUUGAGGAGUUUGAGCUGGAACGAGGCUAUGACACCCUUACAGUGGGCGACGCUGGCAAAGUGGGCGACACCAGGACCGUCCUGUAUGUACUGACUGGCUCCAGUGUUCCUGACCUGAUCGUGAGCAUGAGCAACCAGAUGUGGCUACAUCUGCAGUCUGACGAUAGCAUUGCCUCACCAGGAUUUAAAGCUGUUUACCAAGAGAUUGCGAAGGGAGGCUGUGGGGACCCGGGCGUCCCUGCCUAUGGACGGCGGACUGGCGGCCGCUUUCUCCACGGGGACACGCUCACUUUCGAGUGCCAGGCGGCCUUCGAGCUGGUUGGCGAGAGAGUCAUCACGUGCCAGCAGAACAACCAGUGGUCCGGCAACAAGCCCAGCUGCGUGUUUUCCUGCUUCUUCAACUUCACUGCGUCAUCAGGAAUCAUCCUUUCCCCCAAUUAUCCGGAGGAAUAUGGGAACAACAUGAACUGUGUGUGGCUGAUCAUCUCCGAGCCGGGCAGCAGAAUUCACCUCAUCUUCAACGAUUUUGACGUGGAGCCUCAGUUUGACUUCCUUGCAGUCAAAGACGAUGGGGCUUCUGAUCUAACCGUCCUGGGCACCUUCUCUGGCCAUGAGGCGCCCUCCCAGCUGGCCAGCAGCGGGCAUGUGGUUCGCCUGGAAUUUCAGUCAGAUCACUCCACUACUGGCCGAGGCUUCAACAUCACCUACAGCACGUUUGGUCAGAAUGAGUGCCACGACCCUGGCAUUCCCAUAAAUGGGCGGCGUUUUGGUGACAGGUUUCUUCUUGGGAGUUCAGUCUCUUUCCACUGUGAUGAUGGCUUUGUCAAAACCCAGGGGUCAGAGGCUAUCACGUGCAUCCUGCAGGACGGGAACGUCGUGUGGAGCUCCACCGUCCCCCGCUGUGAAGCCCCGUGUGGUGGGCAUCUCACAGCAUCCAGUGGUGUCAUUUUGCCUCCCGGAUGGCCAGGAUAUUAUAAAGAUUCUCUGAAUUGUGAAUGGAUCAUUGAAGCAAAACCAGGGCACUCCAUCAAAAUAACUUUUGACAGAUUUCAGACCGAAGUCAAUUACGACACCCUGGAAGUCCGGGACGGGCCUGCCAGCUCGUCCCCGCUGAUCGGGGAGUACCACGGCACGCAGGCGCCGCAGUUCCUCAUCAGCACCGGCAAUUCCCUGCGCCUGCUCUUCGCCACGGACAGCAGCCGGGCCGGCGUGGGCUUCCUCGUCCGCUACGAGAGUGUGACUCUGGAUUCCGACUCCUGCCUUGACCCUGGGAUCCCUGUGAACGGUCAUCGGCACGGCAGUACCUUCGGCAUCAGGUCCACGGUGACUUUCAGCUGUGAGCCGGGGUACACACUAAGUGAGGACGGGCCCCUUGUCUGCGAGAGGACCCACCAGUGGAGCCACGCUCUGCCCAGCUGCGACGCUCUCUGUGGAGGCUACAUCCGUGGGAAGAGUGGCACCAUCCUUUCUCCUGGGUUCCCAGAUUUUUACCCUAACUCUUUAAACUGCACGUGGACCAUUGAAGUAUCUCAUGGAAAAGGAGUUCAGAUGAUCUUCCACACCUUUCACCUGGAGAGCUCUCACGACUACUUACUGAUCACGGAGGACGGGAGCUUCUCGGAGCCCGUGGCCAGGCUCACGGGGGCGGUGCUGCCUCACACUAUGAAGGCGGGUUUGUUUGGGAACUUCACGGCCCAGCUUCGGUUUAUAUCCGACUUCUCCAUUUCCUAUGAGGGCUUCAAUAUCACGUUUUCAGAGUAUGACCUCGAGCCGUGCGAUGACCCUGGCGUCCCCGCCUUCAGCCGGAGGAUUGGUUUUCACUUUGGAGUCGGAGACUCGCUGACCUUCUCCUGCUUCCCGGGGUAUCGCUUAGAAGGUGCAACCAAGCUUACGUGCCUGGGUGGGGGCCGUCGUGUGUGGAGUGCGCCUCUGCCAAGGUGUGUGGCUGAAUGUGGAGCCAGUGUCAAAGGAAAUGAAGGAACACUGCUGUCUCCAAAUUUCCCUUCAAAUUAUGAUAAUAAUCACGAGUGUAUCUACAAGAUAGAAACAGAGGCCGGCAAGGGGAUCCAUCUCCGAGCACACAGCUUCCAGCUCUUGGAAGGGGACAUCCUGAAGAUAUACGAUGGGAAGGAUAGCUCGUCACGCCAACUGGGGGCCUUCACUGAGAACGAGAUGCUGGGGCUGCUUCUCAACAGCACGUCUAACCACCUGUGGCUGGAAUUCAACACCAAUGGGUCUGACACUGACCAGGGCUUUCAGCUAACCUAUACUAGUUUUGACCUAGUAAAAUGUGAGGAUCCAGGAAUCCCUAACUACGGCUAUAGGAUCCGAGAUGAAGGCCACUUUACUGACACUGUAGUUCUGUACAGCUGUAACCCGGGGUAUGCCAUGCACGGCAGCAACUCCCUGACCUGUCUGAGUGGCGACCGGAGAGUGUGGGACAAACCGCUGCCUUCCUGCGAGGCAGAGUGUGGUGGUCAGAUCCAUGCUGCCACUUCCGGGCGCAUCCUGUCCCCCGGCUACCCGGCUCCCUACGACAACAACCUGCACUGCACCUGGACCGUGGAAGCAGACCCAGGGAAGACCAUCAGCCUCCACUUCAUUGUGUUUGACACCGAGAUGGCUCACGACAUCCUGAAGGUCUGGGAUGGCCCCCCAGACCGCGACAUCCUGCUGAAGGAGUGGAGCGGCUCCCUGCUGCCCGAGGACAUCCACAGCACGUUCAGCUCGCUCACCCUGCAGUUCGACAGCGACUUCUUCAUCAGCAAGUCCGGCUUCUCCAUCCAGUUCUCAACAUCAGUUGCAUCCUCCUGUAAUGACCCAGGAAUGCCUCAGAACGGCACCCGCUAUGGGGACAGUAGAGAGCCAGGAGACACCAUCGCCUUCCAGUGCGACCCCGGGUAUCAGCUCCAAGGACAAGCCAGGAUCACCUGUGUGCAGGUGGAGAGCCGCUUCUUUUGGCAGCCAGACCCGCCCACGUGCAUAGCUGCGUGUGGAGGGAACCUGACUGGCCCGUCGGGCGUGAUCUUGUCCCCUAACUACCCCCAGCCGUACCCUCCGGGGAAGGAAUGCGACUGGCGGAUAAAAGUGAACCCGGACUUUGUCAUCGCCUUGAUAUUCAAAAGCUUCAGCAUGGAGCCCAGCUAUGAUUUCCUGCACAUUUACGAGGGAGAGGAUUCCAACAGGCCUCUCAUUGGAAGCUUCCAGGGAGCUCAAGCCCCAGAAAGAAUCGAGAGUAGUGGAAAUAGUCUCUUUCUGGCAUUUCGGAGCGAUGCCUCUGUGGGGCUGUCAGGGUUCGCCAUUGAAUUCAAAGAGAAACCACGGGAAGCCUGUUUUGACCCUGGAAAUAUAAUGAACGGGACAAGAAUUGGGACGGACCUCAAGCUUGGCUCGACUGUGACCUACCAGUGUGACUCUGGCUACAAGAUCGCCGACCCCUCCUCCAUCACAUGUGUGAUCGGAGCCGAUGGGAAGCCUGCCUGGGACCGGGUCCUGCCCUCCUGCAAUGCUCCCUGUGGAGGACAGUACACUGGAUCGGAAGGGGUCGUUUUGUCACCAAACUACCCUCAUAAUUACACAGCCGGUCAGAUAUGCCUGUAUUCCAUAACUGUACCACAGGAGUUUGUGGUGUUUGGGCAGUUUGCCUAUUUCCAGACGGCCCUGAAUGACUUGGCCGAGCUGUUUGAUGGGACCCACUCGCAGGCCAGACUCCUCAGCUCCCUCUCUGGCUCUCACUCAGGGGAAACUUUGCCCUUGGCCUCGUCCAAUCAAAUUCUGCUGCGGUUCAGCGCGAAGAGCGGCGCGUCUGCCCGGGGAUUUCACUUCGUCUAUCAAGCUGUCCCCCGGACCAGUGGGACCCAGUGCAGCUCUGUCCCCGAGCCCAGAUUUGGAAGGAGGAUUGGUUCAGAGUUCUCAGCAGGUUCCGUCGUUCGCUUCGAGUGUAACCCGGGAUACCUGCUUCACGGCUCCACGGCUGUCCGCUGUCAGUCUGUGCCCAACGCGCUGGCCCAGUGGAACGACACGAUCCCGAGCUGCAUAGUGCCCUGCAGUGGUAAUUUCACUCAGCGCAGAGGUACGAUUUUAUCCCCCGGCUACCCUGAACCAUAUGGCAACAACUUGAACUGUGUCUGGAAAAUCAUAGUGACAGAGGGAUCGGGAAUCCAGAUUCAAGUGAUCAGCUUUGCCACGGAGCAGAACUGGGACUCUCUGGAGAUCCACGAUGGCGGGGACAUGACGGCACCCAGGCUGGGGAGCUUUUCAGGUACCACGGUGCCGGCACUGCUGAACAGCACGUCCAAUCAGCUCUACCUGCAUUUCCAGUCUGACAUCAGUGUGGCGGCUGCUGGGUUUCACCUGGAAUACAAAACUGUCGGCCUGGCUGCAUGCCCUGAACCAGCCCCUCCCAGCAACGGCAUGAAGGCCGGAACACGCUACCUGGUGAACGACGUGCUCUCCUUCCAGUGCGAGCCCGGCUACACGCUGCAGGGCCGCUCCCACAUCUCGUGUAUGCCAGGAACUGUUCGCCGCUGGAACUACCCGUCUCCCCUUUGCAUCGCCACGUGCGGAGGGGCCCUGAGCAGCAUGGGGGGCGUGAUCCUGAGCCCAGGCUUCCCAGGCAUGUACCCCAACAACUUGGACUGCACCUGGAAGAUCGGGCUGCCCGUUGGCUAUGGUGCACAUAUUCAGUUUCUGAAUUUUUCCACCGAAGCUAAUCAUGACUACCUUGAAAUUCAGAACGGUCCUCACCGCAGCAGCCCCUUGAUCGGGCAGUUCAGCGGCUCCGAGCUGCCCUCCGCGCUGCUCAGCACGACGCACGAAACCCUCGUCCACUUCUACAGCGACCACUCGCAGAACCGGCAGGGGUUCAAACUCGCUUACCAAGCCUAUGAAUUACAGAACUGCCCAGACCCACCUCCUUUUCAGAAUGGGUAUAUGAUCAACUCAGAUUACAGUGUGGGACAAUCGAUAUCUUUUGAGUGUUAUCCUGGGUAUGUUUUAAUCGGCCACCCAGUCCUCACCUGUCAGCAUGGGAUCAACAGAAACUGGAACUACCCCUUUCCGAGAUGUGAUGCUCCUUGUGGGUAUAAUGUGACCUCUCAGAAUGGCACCAUUUAUUCCCCUGGAUUCCCAGAUGAGUACCCAAUCUUGAAGGACUGCGUGUGGCUCAUCACCGUACCGCCUGGGCAUGGGGUGUACAUCAACUUCACCCUGCUGCAGACGGAGGCCGUCAACGACUACAUCGCCGUUUGGGACGGGCCUGACCAGACAUCAUCUCAGCUCGGUGUGUUCAGUGGAAACACAGCUCUGGAGACGGCACACAGCUCCACCAACCAAGUCCUGCUCAAGUUCCACAGUGACUUUUCCAAUGGGGGCUUCUUCGUGCUCAACUUCCAUGCAUUUCAGCUCAAGAAAUGUCAGUCUCCGCCAGCGGUUCCACAGGCUGAAAUGCUUGCUGAGGAUGAGGACUUUGAAAUAGGAGAUUUCGUGAGGUACCAAUGCCAUCCUGGGUACACGCUGUCUGGGACAGACACGCUGACCUGCCGGCUCAGCUCCCAACUGCAGUUCGAAGGCUCUCCCCCAACGUGCGAAGCACAAUGCCCAGCAAAUGAAGUCCGCACAGAAUCUUCUGGAGUCAUCCUCAGCCCAGGUUAUCCGGCCAACUAUUUUAACUCCCAGACAUGCUCGUGGAGCAUCAGGGUGGAACCGAACUAUAACAUCACCAUCUUUGUGGAUACCUUUCAGAGUGAGAAGCAGUUUGACGCCCUGGAGGUAUUUGAUGGUUCUUCUGGCCAAAGCCCUCUGUUAGUGGUCUUAAGUGGGAACCAUACUGAACAAUCAAAUUUCACAAGCAAGAGUAACCAGUUGUAUCUCCGUUGGUCCACUGAUCAUGCAACCAGUAAAAAGGGAUUCAAGAUUCGUUAUGCAGCACCUUACUGCAGCCUGACCCACACCCCGAAGCACGGCGGUGCUGUAAACAGGACCACGGGAGCCGUGGGGAGUCAAGUGCAUUAUUUCUGCAAGCCCGGGUAUCGCAUGGUCGGCCUCAGCAAUGCGACCUGCACACGGAAUCCAGCGGGGAUGUAUCGCUGGGACUCCCUCACUCCCCUCUGCCAAGCUGUGUCCUGUGGAAUCCCAGAGUCCCCAGGAAAUGGGUCCUUUUCGGGAAAUGAGUUCACGUUGAAUAGUGAAGUGGUGUAUGAAUGUAACAAGGGCUUUAAGCUGGAAGCCGGUCAGCAAGGCACAGCAGUGUGUCAGGAAGACGGACUGUGGAGCAACAAGGGGAAGCCCCCGGCGUGUCAGCCGGUAAUUUGCACAGGCAUUGAAGCUCAGCUCUCAGAACACAUCACCUGGAGGCUGGUCUCAGGAUCCCUAAACGAGUUCGGGGCUCAGGUCCUGCUGAGCUGCAGCCCCGGGUAUUACCUGGAGGGCCACAGGCUCAUGCAGUGCCAGGCUGACGGGACCUGGAGCACAGGCGCUGAGAGGCCGCGGUGUAGAGUUAUCUCAUGUGGAAGCUUGUCCUUUCCGCCAAAUGGCAACAAGAUCGGCACGCUGACAGUCUACGGAGCCACAGCCAUAUUCACGUGUAACACGGGCUACACGCUUGUGGGCUCUCAGGUCAGAGAGUGCCUGGCCAGCGGGCUCUGGAGCGGUGCCGAGACGCGGUGUCUGGCCGGCCACUGCGGCUCCCCGGACCCAGUGGUGAAUGGGCACAUCAGCGGGGAUGGCUUCAGCUACAGGGACACGGUGGUGUACCAGUGCAACCCCGGCUUCCGGCUUGUGGGAACGUCCGUCCGGAUAUGCUUGCAGGACCACAAGUGGUCCGGGCAGACCCCGGUUUGCGUGCCCAUCACCUGUGGCCACCCUGGGAACCCUGCCCACGGGUCCACGAAUGGCAGUGAGUUCAACCUGAACGACGUCGUCAACUUCACCUGCAACACCGGCUAUUUACUGCAGGGCCCAGCUCGAGCCCAGUGUCGGAGCAACGGCCAGUGGAGCAGCCCGCUGCCCACCUGCCGAGUGGUGAACUGCGCGGACCCGGGCUCGGUGGAAAACGCCCUCCGCCACGGGCCGCAGGACCUCCCCGAGAGCCCUGAAUACGGGACGAGCGUCACGUACCACUGCAAGAAGGGAUUCUAUUUGUUGGGCUCUUCCGCCCUGACCUGUAUGGCUAACGGCCUGUGGGAUCGCUCUCUGCCCCGGUGUCUGGUGGUAUCAUGCGGACACCCAGGGGUUCCUGCCAAUGCCAUCCUGACCGGGGAGCUGUUUACACACGGGGCCAUCGUGCACUACUCAUGCAAAGGGGGCCGGAGCCUUCUAGGCAACAGCACUCGAGUUUGCCAGGAGGAUAGUCACUGGAGCGGGACGCUGCCCCACUGUACAGGAAAUAAUCCUGGAUUUUGUGAUGAUCCGGGGACCCCGGCGCAUGGGUCUCGGCUGGGAGAUGAGUUCAAGACCAAGAGCCUUCUGCGCUUCUCCUGUGAGAUGGGCUACCAGCUGAGGGGCUCCUCUGAGCGGGUGUGUUUGCUCAACGGGUCCUGGUCAGGCCUGCAGCCUGUGUGUGAAGCCGUGUCCUGCGGGAACCCCGGCACGCCGACCAACGGCAUGAUCGUCAGCAGCGAUGGCGUCCUCUUCUCCAGCUCGGUCGUCUACUCUUGCUGGGAAGGCUAUACGACCUCGGGGCUGAUGACGCGCCACUGCACAGCCAAUGGGACGUGGACGGGCACAGCCCCCGACUGCACAGUUAUCAGCUGUGGGGAUCCAGGUACCCUGGCAAAUGGCAUCCAGUUUGGGACGGACUUCACCUUCAACAAGACCGUGAGCUAUCAGUGCAACCCCGGCUAUGUCAUGGAGCCCGCCGCGUCACCCACAACCCGCUGCACCAAAGACAGCACGUGGAGCCACCGCAAGCCCAUCUGCAGAGCCGUGGCCUGCAGCCCGCCGCCGCCGGUGCCGCACGGGAGCGCCCAGGGCGCCGACGUCCACUGGGGGGCCAGCGUUGCCUACAGCUGCGCCCGCGGCUACCAGCCGUCGCACACCGCCGUCCUGUCCUGCGAGGGUCGCGGGGAGUGGCGUGGGGAGCCGCCGCGGUGCCUGCCGGUGUUCUGCGGGGACCCAGGCACCCCCGCAGAUGGGCGGCUGAGCGGCCGGAGCUUCACCUACGGAUCCGAGGUCCUCUUCCAGUGCCAGGCCCCCUUCGUGCUCGUGGGGUCGCCGCGGAGGGUGUGCCAGGCCGACGGCACGUGGAGCGGCGUCCAGCCUGCCUGCAUCGAUCCUACUCAUAACACCUGCCCAGACCCGGGUACUCCACACUUUGGAAUACAAAACAGCUCCAGAGGAUAUGAGGUCGGAAGCACAGUUUUCUUCAGGUGUCGGAAAGGUUACCACGUGCAAGGUUCUACAACUCGGACUUGCCUCGCCAAUUUGACAUGGAGUGGAAUACAGACUGAGUGUAUACCACACGCCUGCAGACAGCCAGAAACGCCAGCCCACGCGGACGUGAGAGCCAUCGACCUCCCUGCCUUCGGUUACACCUUGGUGUACACCUGCCACCCGGGCUUCUUCCUGGCAGGCGGAUCUGAGCACAGGACGUGUAAAGCGGAUAUGAAAUGGACGGGGAAAUCACCUGUCUGUAAAAGUAAAGGAGUGAGAGAAGUUAAUGAAACAGUUACUAAAACCCCAGUUCCUUCCGAUGUAUUUUUCAUCAACUCCGUGUGGAAAGGAUAUUACGAAUAUCUAGGGAAAAGACAGGCUGCAACUCUGACUGUGGACUGGUUCAACACAACAAGCACUAGGGUGAACGCGACGCUCGUCGAUGCCUCUCGGGUGGAGCUGAAAUUGACAGGUGUUUAUAAGAAGGAAGAGGCCCACGUACUUCUGAAAGCUUUUCAGACUAAAGGUUCGGUGGACAUUUUUGUCAGCAAGUUUGAAAACGACAACUGGGGACUGGACGGCUAUGUCUCAUCAGGACUUGAAAGAGGGGGAUUCACUUUUCAAGGUGAUGUACACGGAAAAGACUUUGGAAAAUUCAAGCUGGAGCGGCAAGGUCCCCUGGGCUCCGGCCGGGACGCCUCCCAUCCGCACCACGGCACGAGCAGCGGCUCGGUGGCGGCCGCCAUUCUGGUUCCGUUCUUCGCCCUAAUUUUAUCAGGGUUUGCCUUUUACCUCUACAAACACAGAACAAGACCCAAAGUCCAAUACAAUGGCUACGCUGGGCAUGAAAACAGCAAUGGACAAGCUUCCUUCGAAAACCCCAUGUACGACACAAACUUAAAGCCCACAGAGGCCAAGGCCGUGCGCUUUGACACCACCCUGAACACGGUGUGCACGGUGGUAUAGCCCGCGGCGCCCGCGGGCGGACUCAUAGCCAUACCUCCGGCGGACACCGGGGUCUUCUCUGGUGCCGUGCGCUGCCCCCACCCCGGCUCGGCCGCAGCGACCUUCCCCACCCGGCGCCCAAGCAGCGGGGCUCUCCCCAAGGGCCGCGUCCUCUGCGGGCCGGACUACAAGGGACCCGGCUCCGAAAGUGAUUCUAGGCGCCUGGCUGCGCCUGCUGGGAGUCAAGGCGCGCUGAGAAGGCUGCCGACGCGCCGCGCUGCAGCCCCAGCCUCUCCCGCCCCCGUGUGGCUGGGGUGCCUCUCAGUGCGAUCCUCCGGGCACGCGGGUACCUCUGGGCGCCGUGACAGGUGGUACCAUCACAGUAUGCUGUUCUGCUUUGUUUUUAACCCCCACGGGCACCAACACUCUGAGAAAGAGCCCUCUCGGAGAAGACACCUCUCGGGCAGGCGCACACCCCUCGGACGCUCCCGUCUGCCCUCCCGAGGCCUGGCAAGCUUUGAGGACUCACAGCUCAUCGCCGUGUCCAUCCAGGGGCAUCUGCAAAUGCCCCAGUCAGCUGUUCUAUUGCAGAAUUUUUGAUGCACAAUUUUUUGCACUAGUAUGUUAUGAAUGACUGAGUAAGAUUCUGAUAAAAACGAAACUACACAGGGUUUAUACGCACUGUCCAUUGUGAACAGGCAUCUUCCCCCGUUGUCAAGCGACGCGGUCCACCCUGAGGUUGCGGGCGCGUUAGAGAAAGGAAGAAAAUCCCCAGACACGGCACAGGUUUUAAAAGGAAAUCGCUAUUGAAGAGAUAUAUUUUAUUAUUGCUUCUGUUAGCUACAUAUAUGUGUUGCAUUCACUGAAGAUGUCCAACAAGGGAAAACGAGGCCUUUUCAUUUCCCCCCAGGUUUCUUCCUUUGAAGUGUCACCACCCCAUCACUGUCAGUGUCACUCAACUCAACAGCAGGAGGCUUGCAGCAGUCUCUCUCUGCCGUGUAAAAAUGUGAAUAGUAAUUUAUUUUAGCUAGCUCGUGAACUUGUGGGUCGUAGCUCCCAUCAGGCUUCCCUCGGCGUUGUGAGGUUUUUUUCUUUUGCUCUGGGAUUGCAUUGGAAGACAGCAUACCACAGGCGCACCUUGGACUCAGUGGGAAUUGUUCAGGGUAAAAUACCAAGUGUUUCUUUGGAGGCAAGGAAAAAUUCCCACACUCUUCUCUCCUGAUGACCUGUUUCAUCUACCAGUUUGUCUUUCAUUUCAUGCUUUCCAAUUGCAGAUGCAAAGGAAGUUUCAGUGGUAUUUCAAGUUAAAAAAUCAUUAUAGGUAAAGUACGAAUUGCAGUAUAGAUAAAAUAGGUGUGACCCCCAAUGUGGAUAAAAUCAAACUAUGAAGUAGAAGAUGUUUAUGUAACCAACUCAAAGCGAAGAUCAUGUUUAUUUUCAUUUAUAGCUGUUUAUAAAAAUAUUUUGAAAAGACAUCGCUUAUUUUAUUAUUUGGGCCGCAAGUGCAUAUCCCACAUGCUGAGAAUCUCUCCUCACGUUCCACAUCAGCAUCAGUAGAGACGUCAGAGUGUUUGAGUCGCCCUGUUGUCGUGAACGUGCUCACGCCCAGCUUUAGGACCCACUCAUCCGUCUGUCUGUCUGUUGCAUGUCUCGGUGCAGGACUUCAAAGGGAAAACCGCCCGUCAGGAUACUAGGUCGCCCUUCGUGAGUCCCGCGUGCGGCUCGGACGUGUGGAGGCCCCUUCCCCUGGGUGGGGUGCCCGCUCUUCCGUUGCCCGUUGGAAGGGGCACAUGCCCUUCAGAGGGCACGACUGGCCCCUCCCGGUUCCUUCUUUGCCUUCUGAAUUCCACAGUAUUAGGCUGAAUUCUCCGCACACCUUUCUGUGGCGAACCUGACAGUGUGACUGGAGGUUUGCUCUACAGCCUGGAGGCCUUACACUGAUUCUUCUCCUUAGAACAGAUGAGGUCGGCCCGAGCCAGGCUCGGAACACACGGCCCGAGUGCGAGCAGCGAGGAGGCGUGAGGGUCGUGGUGCAGGAGAACAGGGUUACUGUAUAUAUGUGUGUGUGUGAGCCACUCCAACUGGGUGCGCUAGCCGACCCCAGAGCCCGAGUUAAUGUCCCCUCCCACACCCCUGGCCGGCCAGCUGGCCAAGGGCGCCAGGGAAUCCUGAAGUGGGGGCGCGCGUGCCUGCCCGGAGCCACACGUCUCGUCGGAUGCUGUUCUCCGCGUGCAGAUGCAAGCCGCCCUUUCGUUGCCAGGUCGGAGCGUGUUCCUUAAAGCAGACAACACGCCGUGGAAUUCUGGCGGGAGCCAUGCGUGCCGCCCUCCCCCCAAGGGCCGGGGCGCCCGGGCCGGCCUCCACCAGUGGGCCCCGCGCCGCCGAGACGACGUCCGAGCCGCCAGCGCCCAAGCGGGAAGGACCCCACGCUGACGCGGGCCGUGUGCUUCCGAGCUGUUUCAAACCGCUGCUUGUCUGACACAUCUUGCCUUCCUUCAGGCUAGCUGCAAUAAUUUUUUUCUUCUGUAAAAUAUUUUGUAAACAACAACAAAAAAGCUAUAUAAAAAAGGGGAAAAAGAACGCUGGCAUCAUGAUCAGGAAACCAUCUCCUCGCCCCUGCCCGCCUUGCCAUCCCACCACAUGCUGCUGACAUGAAGUAGGUGCAAAUGAACCUUUUUGUACAGAGAUAUAUUUUUUAUGGAGAAUUUGUAAAAUUAUUAAAUAUGCUGUAAUUUUUUGAUUAAUGUAAGUAAAUUGUUAAAAAAAAUAAAUGUUUUUACAAUACAAAACUGUAAUUUUCCCAAUAAUGUACAAUGUACCAUCUCUAGCUGAUUUUCAGUUCCAAUCCUAUUACACAUGUAUUAAUAUUAAAGUGGCCUGUUAAAAUGAGCAGUAUCUUUUUUGUCAAAAAAAUUGUAAAGAGAGUGUAAUAUAGUCUGUGCAAUGCCACCUAUCUUUAAAGCAAAUCAGAGUUCUAAUUAAAUAUUUA